AUGGCAAAGCCAGACAGAGCUACUGUUUGUUUGCGCUGUUGGAAGAAGAAAAAGCGCAAGGGCUACCAGUUCUGUUCAAAACGUUGUACCCAACUGGCUGCCAAGAAUGCACCUCAGCUGUUGCGCGUACCGAAGGAUCAUGUCAUGUACAAGGAUGUUGCGAAAUCGUUCGGCAAAUCCUGGCAUUCUACGCUCCCUCGCCCUCGUAUUGCCCGCAUAUACCUCAUUACCUGGACGAAGAAACUUCGUUCAUCCUUCGAUACAUAUCGUGCGAAUGUCGCAAAGAAGAUGAAGGGCAGCAAACGCCCCAAGGAGGUAAAACGCUUCCGAUCAGAGACGCGCUACUGCCGGCUUGGAGACCCUGGUAAGCCCAGGAAACCAUGCAAGAUGCCCCAGUGCCGCCUCUGUCGUGCAAUUGUUACGGGUUUCCGGUCCUCUCUCAACUACAAGCGUCAAUUGGUUGCUCAGGGCCAGACUGCUUCCUCUCGUUUUGGAGCAGGUAUCUACAUGGCACCAUCGUCCUCGAAGGCUUACGGAUAUGCACUCAAUGGCGGCGCAGGAAGUGGAAGAUAUCGCGCUGUAUUCUCCACUCGAGUCGUCUUAGGAAAGUCGCAGAUAGUUAACUUCGACGACUGGCGUCGUACAAGCCCCAAGAGGGGAUAUGAUUCGAUUGAGGCACAUCCACAGGCUGGAGGGCCCACCGAGCUUCUGGUCUUCAAUGCGAAUGCUGUCCGACCUGCAAAACUCCGCCGACUGAUGGGCUUCGCAUUGUGGCUUGUGCCAUCUGAGGGCGAGUUUGCGGCAUUGACUAAGCUCAUGAACUAUCGCCCGACACCACUCAUGGUGAAUCCCAAGUCGAGGUCGUAUCCGACAUUUGUUCCGCAUAUCACCCUCGCUACAUUCGAUGAGCUCCAUCCCCAGUUCAAGCUCGAAGCCAUCGUACCACAGACAGGCCUUGUGGUCACACACUUUCGGAACAUGGAUCGUGGCAAUAACUAUCUAGGCGCUUUGAAGAUCCAGAUGGACAAGACUCGCCACCUUGAACAGCUACACGAAAAGAUUAUCACCAACCUAGAAGGAUUGAGCAUUCAGUGGAAGAGCAGGAGCUUUCCGCAUAUGUCUCUGUUCUAUGUCGAUGAAGCGGAAGAGCGGAAACGGCUGGAGCGUGGGCUUAUCAAGAAUAUGUAUGUGGGACGCGAAGAAAGAAGCGGACGUAUCAUCCUGAAGGCGGCUGCCGACGAAAGGUUCAUUCGGCGGUUCACGGGGUCAGAGGUUUGGUUGGCAGAUUGUUGUUCGAAGAAGGUGGAAGAGUGGAAAGUCCUGGGGAAGCUAUCACUGUCUCCACCCUCGCCUCCCCCACAAACUCCAGACGAAGUUGAGAUGGGUGGGGAGACAGAGCCUGAUGGGCCAGAAAAAGACCUCCAGCCAUUAUCAGCGUAUCCGACAGUCUCACCAACCGUCAUACCAGCGAACGAAGAAGCAGGUCCAGCCCACCGGGCUGUGACGGCUCCGUCGACGAGACCCCGCGAAACUCAGUAUUCUCAGGCCACAACAUCGCGCCAACACCAGGACCAGGUAGCCACCGUGACCAGCUCCUCAGACCAAGCGUCCAGGACGAGACGGUCGCUGCAAGCGGCUACCAAGACCAGCCAUCACACACGGGGUGGGGGUGACGAUCAAAAAGCUAAUCGCAAGCCCGGACAUCAUCGUCGCACUAAACCUGACGAACAUCGCGGCGAGAAAGCGAAGAGGGACUGCUGGUACGACUGCGUUGCCAUGUGA